AUGCUGGCAGCCCGCACAGGCGCUGCAGGGAGUCAGAUCUCUGAAGACAACAGCAAGUUCAGAAAGCAGUCUGGCCUUUCCUCAGGAGGGAAAGACAAAUCUCCCAAGAAAGCCCCCGAGAAUGUUAAAGACAGCAGCCUCAGCCCCUGUGGGCAAAGCCAGCUCAGGGCACGGCAGCUGGCCCUGCUGCGGGAAGUGGAGAUGAACUGGUACCUGCAGCUCUGCGAGCUGUCCAGCGAGCAUACCACAGCGCACACCACCGGGAUGCCACACAGGAAUCUUGGGAAAUCAGGACUCAGAGUUUCUUGCUUGGGUCUUGGAACAUGGGUGACAUUUGGAGGUCAAAUUUCAGAUGAGGUUGCUGAACGGCUGAUGACAAUUGCCUAUGAAAGUGGAGUUAAUCUCUUCGACACUGCUGAGGUCUAUGCUGCUGGGAAGGCCGAGGUGAUUCUGGGGAACAUCAUCAAGAAGAAAGGCUGGAGGAGGUCCAGCUUGGUCAUCACAACCAAACUCUACUGGGGUGGAAAAGCUGAAACAGAAAGAGGGUUGUCAAGAAAGCACAUCAUUGAAGGACUCAAAGGCUCCCUCCAGAGGCUGCAACUGGAAUAUGUGGACGUGGUCUUUGCAAACCGUCCAGACAGCAACACCCCCAUGGAAGAAAUUGUUCGAGCCAUGACACACGUCAUCAACCAAGGCAUGGCAAUGUACUGGGGCACCUCGAGGUGGAGCGCAAUGGAGAUCAUGGAAGCCUAUUCUGUUGCACGGCAGUUCAACAUGAUCCCACCGGUCUGUGAACAAGCUGAGUACCAUCUUUUCCAGAGAGAGAAGGUAGAGGUCCAGCUGCCAGAGCUCUACCAUAAAAUAGGGGUUGGUGCAAUGACAUGGUCUCCGCUUGCCUGUGGAAUUAUUUCAGGAAAAUAUGGAAAUGGGGUACCAGAAAGUUCUAGAGCUUCACUGAAGUGCUACCAGUGGUUGAAGGAAAGAAUUGUAAGUGAAGAAGGGAGAAAGCAGCAAAACAAGCUAAAAGACCUUUCUCCGAUUGCUGAGCGUCUGGGAUGCACACUACCUCAGCUGGCUGUGGCCUGGUGCCUGAGAAAUGAGGGUGUGAGUUCUGUGCUCCUGGGAUCAUCCACUCCUGAACAACUCAUUGAAAACCUUGGUGCCAUUCAGGUCCUCCCUAAGAUGACAUCACAUGUGGUAAAUGAGAUUGAUAACAUACUGCGCAACAAGCCCUACAGCAAAAAAGACUAUAGAUCAUAAGGCAAUGCAUGAGCCCCAGACACUGCAUGGGUAAAAUAUGGUGGGUAGGCAGUGCAGAAUGACCUUAUUAGACACUCUUCUCAAUCACUUAGCAGCUUGCUGCUCAACCUCUAGUGUCCCAGGAUUCUCUGAGGUUUCUGCUGUUGCUACCACUGUGCACUCUGAAUUCUGAACAAGUGAAAAUUCACAACCCAGAAAAUCCAUUCUAUUUUCUUAUCUUGGACUGGUCCCCUAUCCUUGCAUUGUUCUGUGCACCUCAUGCUUCUGCAAUGGAAAGAAUAUUGGGAUAGGGGAAAUCUAUUAUCUUCAGACAUUCGUAACUUAAAGGAGGCUGUACAUAUAUAUUUUUUUCAAAAGAGCAAAAUUCGCAGAAUAGAAACAGUAUGUGAGCUGCAUAGGAAACAGGAUAUCCUCACUCUUUAGUCUUGCUUGGGAGAACAAACAGAAUUUACUUUUUUCAUAUUCCAUAUUCACAUUAGCAAGUUUUAAGUCACCUGUCAUUCAACACUAAAAUUUCUAGGUAUUUGUUUUCACUAUCUUGAAGUUUUUUGUUGUUACUUGGCCCUGUACAAUUUAUCUGGAGUACCUGUUAGGAUUCUAAUGUGUGUAUUUACACAUAGAGGUAUAAAAGUAUGGAUACCCCAAUCUUUACUAGAUACAUAAUGGCUAAUUUAUAAAAGGGUUACAAUGCUAUGGAAACAGCUUUGAAUAAAAUGUUGUGUUCAUUUUUUACAUUUUAUUAAAGCCAGCAUAUACUUUGAAUUGCUUGUAGGCACAAUUCCUGCAAGUUUAAAUAUUUGAGCUUUAAAAAUACACAUAUACUCAGUUUUUUAGUAAAACCUAUAAAUACCCAGAUAGGCAAGUGUUGAGUUUACCACUGGGGCAUUAUAAUGUAAUGCUUGGUACUUUCUGAGGCGUUAACAUGGAAACAAAGCAUAAACAAUGUAAACAACAUGUUGCCAUUCCUUAGCAUAUGCUGGAUGAAUUAACUUGCCCAGAAAAAAAGCAAAAUAUUCAAAAAGCUCCUGAUUCUAAUUGUAUCACCCAUUACACUGUAUGCAUGAGAGCUCUUUGCAUGCAAAAAGGGGCUUAGCUUUGUGCUCAGAAUCUGAGAUACACCCAGCCCUGACUCUACUUCACCUCACUAUCCCACUUGAGAAAAAUUGUAAGACUAUGCUGUGUGGAUAUCUGCAUAUAAGGAGAAAACACAGGGUGUUUUUUUCUUCCUUUUCUGUAAAGGUGGGAUCACUUUCUAACUUUGUCUAUCUGUAGAUGGACAAAAUUCUACUUCAUGUAGUCAGCAAGUUCCCUAUCACUUUAAGAAUUAUAAAAGAAAUAUAUGAACUUAAAAUCAUUUUCAGAUAUGUAUCAUAUGGUUAGGUUCUAAAUCUCAAACCAUCAGUGUCAGAUACCAAAAUGAUUGUUACUACCUAGAGUUUAAUAGGCAAUUUGGAAGUUCUGCCCAUGAGUAUGUGACUAAUGAUGGAGACUAAUUAACUUUCCAGCUAUUCAUUGUAAAUUUAAUCCACUGAACUACUGUAUGUAUAAAUGAGUGAAAUGUUGUCUAAAGGAAAAUCAACUCAUUUGCUUAAAGUAAUAAAGGCAUCUGUGUAAUUCCA